CCCACCCAAUUUGACAGAUUCUCACCAUGAAGCCCUCACCCUCAACAUAAAAAUGCUCCAUUCUCAUACUCUCACAUAUCGAGAUGCCCAAUAUUGUAGAUCCCGAUGGAGAAGGAGAGGCCCAGCCUCUCCCCCCUUCCCUUGACCUCAAGUACGCGCGUGACUCAGAGUCCGUUCGAGAACUAACACCAUGACAGUCCUCUCAAACUCUUUGAUAUUGCGAAAUCUGAGGGAAGACCUCUGUAUACGUGUGCUCCUAUGGUGCGAUAUAGCAAGGUAUGUGUCUCAUUGAAGACUGUGGGGGCGGAACUGACGAAAACGCCCCAGCUAGCUUUUCGACAAACGGUCGGGGAAUAUGGUGUUGAUAUUGCUUGGACACCUAUGGUUUGUCGAACCUCUCUCAGAUGCUUCAUUCGACGAUUUGAAUCUCAUUUCAUCUCAUUUCAAAUAGAUCCUAGCCAAAGAAUUCAAUCGGUCUAUGCUGGCACGUGACAGUGGUAAGUUCUUCAACCCAGUGAUAUUCAAAGGAAAUAGGAGGAAGUUUACUGAUUUGCAUUAGACUUCACGCUCUCACCUUCUCAGCCUGGGACGAUCGUCCAGUUUGGUUGUAACUCGCCUCUGGAGCUUUCUUGUGCUACUUCCCUGGUUGCUCCUUAUGUUAACGGAGUGGAUAUUAAUUGUGGGUGUCCGCAAUCAUGGGCUUGUGCUGAGAAAAUAGGUGCUGCCUUGAUGCAUGAGAGGGAAUUGGUUGCGAGUAUGAUUCGAGCUGCGAAAGGGGCUUUAGGUAUUUGGAUCCUGCGGGAAAUGUGCUUUCCGUGGUGCUGAUGAAAGUGUAGAGACCGAAGGUUAUAAAGGGAAGAAGACGGUAUCGGUCAAAAUUAGAAUUCACAAAGAUCUCAGAGAAACAGUGGACUUCAUAAAGACGGUUGAAGAAGCAGGUGCUGAUUGUAUAUCCUGCUUUCAUCCUGUAUUUUCGUGUCAUGGCUGACGGGUCAAAGUCAUCACCAUCCACCCCCGUCUCCGAUCAACACUCUCAUCCGUUCCAGCCAACAUGGAAGCACUCAAGCUUCUCGCUUCAAUAACAACCGUGCCCACAAUCUCCAACGCAGACAUUUUCUCUCUGUCGGGCGCCAUCUCACACGCCAAAGAAAUGGGUGUGGAUGGUGUCAUGUCCGCACGAGGGAUUCUACAAAAUCCAGGGCUAUUCUCUGAAAAAGGUCGGAAUGGAUGUACUUGGGAAAUGGUGGAGACUUUUAUGAACAAAGUUGCUAUUGCUCCAAUCCCGUUCAAGUUGGUCGUUCAUCAUAUUAGUGAGAUGGUGGGGAGCGAUAGAAGUCAAAGGGGGGUGACACUCAUGUCGAAGGAGGAGAGAUUGAGUAUGAUGGAGUGUAUGAAUUUCUUGGAGUUGGUGGAUUAUUUGGAUGGGGUUCGAGCUGAGUAUGGUGGGUUAAGGAGGGAUGUGAUAGGAUAAAAUAUGAAUGGUAAAAUCUUACAUCCU